AUGGCACCGACUGCGUGUGUUCCGCAUACUGAUGUAUGCUCCCUCAAAUCCGACAUCAACAGUCGGGACAAUCAUGGUUUAAUCAGUAUUCAUGCGGAGGAAUUGUUGCAAUCUCGGUUGGCUGCCAAGGACCUGGUUCUGGAUGUCCUGAAGAAACGGGCCACCGAGGUGGAUGUGGACCGGUGUGGUCCUGGGGAGGAGGAUGCGUUCUAUGUUGCUGAUAUGGGUGAGGUGUACCGCCAGCAUAUGCGCUGGAAGAUGAACCUAAGCCGUGUCAAGCCUUUCUAUGCUGUCAAGUGCAACCCCGAUCCUGAGGUUCUUCGCCUGAUGGCUCAGUUUGGUAAUGGGUUUGACUGUGCUUCCAAGUCUGAGAUCGAUCUAGCCCUUCAGACGGGCGUCGAUCCUAGCCGUAUUAUCUAUGCUCAACCUUGCAAGACCAAGUCUUACCUUCGUUUUGCGCAAGAGGUUGGCGUCAAGCAGAUGACUUUCGACAAUGCCGACGAGCUUUACAAGAUCAAGGCCCACUUCCCAGGUGCGGAGCUUUAUCUCCGUAUCCUGACCGAUGACUCGACCAGCCUGUGCCGAUUGAGUAUGAAGUUUGGCGCCUCCCUGGAUGUGGCCCAUCAGCUACUCCAGCUCGCUCACCAACUCGAACUGAAGGUCGUUGGCGUUAGCUUCCACGUUGGUUCCGGCGCUGAAGACCCCCGUGCUUUCCUGAAGGCGGUUCAAGACGCUCGUUUGGUGUUCGACCAGGCGGAAGAGAUUGGCCAUGAGUUGCAUACCCUUGAUGUUGGUGGUGGUUUCUGCCAGGAUACCUUCGAGAAGUUCUCUGGCAUCCUCAGCGAUGCUCUGGAGACUUACUUCCCGCCCAACGUCCGCAUCAUUGCUGAGCCUGGUCGUUACUACGUCGCCAAUGCCUUUACCCUGGCAGCCAAUGUGAUUGCUCGUCGCGACGUGCCAGACCCGCUGGACCCUACGCGGGAUGCGUACAUGCUUUACCUGAAUGAUGGUGUCUAUGGUAAUUUCUCGAACAUCAUCUUCGAUCACCAGCACCCCGUUGCUCAGGUUCUGCUGUCCGCUGCCAACUCUGAGCAGAGCACUCCGAAUUCUGCGACUUUGGAGACUAUCUCUUAUUCGAUCUGGGGCCCUACCUGCGAUGGCAUCGAUGUGAUCACUGAGCGCAUCGAUCUGCCUGGUCUUGUCAAUACUGGGGACUGGCUCUACUUCGAGGAGAUGGGCGCUUACACCAAGUGCAGUGCCACUCGCUUUAAUGGUUUCUCUGAUAACCACGAGGUUAUCUACAUCUCGAGCGAGACUGGUGCUUCUGCCCUGCUCAACUAUUAA